AUGACAGAGGCGCAGAAGCAGGCAAACGGUAACGCUAUGACAUGGAAACGCGCGAUCAAAAAAGCAGCCGUUUGCCUGGCUGCGCUCGAGUACCUUGUCCUAGACUCCACAGAUGCACAAAAACCCAGAAAUACAGACGCCGCUGAGAAACGUCAGGUUUGCGAUUCAGCAAGCACCAUGGCUUUCCCACUAGAUGUCUACCCAGUGAUGUCGGAGAUCAGCGAGCUUCGCGAGAAAGCAAAUGUAGACGGCGCGGCACCCGCUCUCGAGGCAGAUUUGUUGUCUUCGGCAUCGCCCCAGCACUCCGCUUCUGGGACAUCGAGUUUGGCGACCCCGACUUCCAAAGGUGGGGUGGGUAAAGCGUGGAGGAGGAUGAAGAAGGGGCUCCGACCAGGCGACAAGGUCAAGAAGAAAGCAGACACGACGAUACCUGCGUCUGUGUCGUCGCGGGGAACGGCGAGUGCGAGCAAUGGCACGAGUCGUUGUGAAAGAGGUGAGACCGGAUCCAGUCAUGCUGCUUGCACGCAAUUGGACGACUGCUCUCUGAACUCGAGCAUUGCGGUUGGGCCAGCCAGCAGCAAAGGCACCAUCAGCGACGAGCAAGACAGCGAGGCCGCAAAGGACAUGGGCAGUGCGAGUGACAAGGAUGACGUCUCGACGUCAGACUGGUUCAUGACUCAUGGUCUCACUGUGGAAGCUGCCACUGAGUUGCUUCAGUGGGGUGGACUGGGUGACGACGAGGAAGAUAUCACGGCCCUACCCUCGAUGAGCCUAAAGUCGGCCAUGGAACAGUUGGCCAAGACAGAGAAGAGGAGGCCGAAAAAGCUGAGGAAAGGAGGCAGUAGGUUGCCGAUGCCUACCGCUAAGUGGAUAUGA